UCGAUAUGCGCGCUCGCAGCCACCGCCGCCGCCGUGAAUCCGAUCGAGGUCAAGCAGCAAGAGUUUGUUGAUUCUGACAGCGGGGAGCGGUUGAUGAUUGUUGGAGUGGACUAUCAGCCAGGUGGACAAGGCGCAUAUGGUACAAACAGUGGAGAUCCUCUUAGCAAUGCUACGACUUGUCUUCGUGAUGCUGCCUUGAUGCAGGCGCUGGGUGUCAACACAAUCCGGUCGUACAACGUUGAUCCUACCUUGAACCACGACGAAUGCGUGUCUAUCUUCAACGCAGUCGGAAUCUACAUGAUCAUCGACGUGAACUCGCCCCUCUCUGGCCAGAGCCUGGACCGGUCGAAUCCCAGUGCUAGUUACACUGCGGACUACCUCAAGCACAUCUUCACAGUUGUCGAGGCUUUCAAGGAUUAUCCAAACACUCUCGGAUUCUUUGCUGGAAACGAGAUCAUCAACGACGUACCCACAGCCAAGGACAAUCCUCCAUACAUCAGAGCCGUUCAGCGUGAUUUGAAGAACUACAUCAAGAACCACGCUUCUAGAACAAUCCCAGUCGGCUACUCGGCAGCUCAGGUUCAGGAAGUUCUGCACGAUACUUGGGCAUACCUUCAGUGCAUCAAUGGAAACGACGACAUGUCAAGAUCUGACUUCUUUGGUUUGAACUCGUACAGCUGGUGUGGCGAUGCCUCCAGCUUUACAACUUCCGGCUACAAUGUCUUGGUCGAGUGGUUCGGCAAUUCCACAAUACCAGUGUUCUUCUCCGAGUACGGCUGCAACGUACCAGAGCCACGUCUCUUCGAAGAAGUGCCAGUUCUCUACGGACCUCGGAUGACCUCCCUCUCCGGUGGUCUAGUCUAUGAGUGGACUCAGGAGUCUUCCAACUAUGGUAUGACGCAAGUCAACAAAAAUGGCACCAUGACUCUGCUUCGAGACUACAACACUCUCAAAUCUCAGUACAAUAAACUCAAUAUCACUCUCAUCACCACACAGAAUGAUACAGCAACCAAGCUGCAGGCUCCAGACUGUAGUUCCAGCUUGAUCAACAGCGACGAUUUCAGCAACGACUUCGACAUUCCCAGCACGCCUCAAGGCGCCUCGUCCCUCAUCGCAAACGGCGUUUCGAACGCACCAAUCGGCAAGAUCGUCAAGGUAACGCAAACAAAGGUUCAAGUCGCAGUGUAUCAAACCAAUGGUGCAGAAAUCCAGAACCUCGCCAUUAAGCCGCAGUCCAGUGCUAAUAGACCUGGCUCUGGGGAUCUGGCUACUGGCUCAGCUUCUGGAUCGGCCUCGUCGACCAGCAGUGGUCUUGCUCCACGGAAGACUACGCUGGGUGGUGCCGUGGCUGCUGUCAUCUUUGGCGCUGGUAUGGCCGUGCUUUAG